AUGGCGGACGGGGAGCGAUCGCCGCUGCUGCCGCCCGAGGCGGGGCCGGGGCCGGGCGGGGCCGCUGCCGCCGGCGGCGGAGGGGCGGGGCCCGGCGAGGGCCCGCCCCCUUACUCGCCAUUGGGCAGCCCCGAGGCGGUGGGGGCGGGGCCGCCGGCGGUCACGUGCCGCGUGUGCCAGCGGCCAAUCAGCGUCGAGGGCAAGACGCACCAGCACGUGGUCAAGUGCGGGGGGUGUGGCGAGGCCACGCCGAUCCGUACGGCCCCCGGCGGGAAGAAAUACGUGCGGUGCCCCUGCAACUGCCUGCUGGUGUGCCGGGCCUCGGCCCAGCGCAUCGCCUGCCCGCGGCCAUACUGUAAGCGGAUCAUCAACCUGGGCCCGGUGCAGACGGGCGCCCCCAGCCCGGACCCUCCCCCCGGCGGCGUCCGCGUCGCCUGCGCCCACUGCGGCGGCCCCUUCCUGUGGGCGGAGCUCCCUGACCGAUCCCUGGCCCGCUGCCCCCACUGCCGCAAGGUGUCCGCGAUUGGCCGGCGGUUCCCGCGGCGACGCUGCCUGUGCUGCCUGCUGGGGGCGCUGCUGAUGGGCGGGGCCGCGGCGGGACUGGCGGCCGGGACGUGGUGGCUGUGGCGCCGGGCGCGGUGGGUGCCGGCGGCGUGGGCGGUGCUGGGGGCGGGGGCGGGGGCGUGUCUGCUCCGCGCGGCCUACUGGGGCUGCGUGCGGGUCAGCCAGCCCCUCCCCCCGCGCGCCUGACCACGCCCACCCACCUGGGACACGCCCCUUGGUCACACAGACAGACCCCGCCCCCCCGUGGGCGUGGCCGCGUCGCCGUGACAUCACAACGUUCACUACUGAGCCACUUCCGGCCCCGCCCCCCUCCCCAGCAUGGCCCCGCCCUCCCGCAUGCCUUGGCCCCGCCCCCUUGUACAUAAGCCCCGCCCCCCUGUACAGCGCUAUUUAUUAAACGGCCUUGUAUGUAAAUAAACCCAAAAAAUCGAUGUUUCA